AUGAAAACCCCAUAUCCAGAGAAUCGAGCACUCGUCCCAGGACCCUCAGUCGUCAGCAACAUAGUUUCUUUUCGAGUGCAUGCUCCAAGUAGUGGCUCAUUCCUCCUUGAUAUUUUCGCCAACUCAGUAACUCCUAAGGAGUAUCUAACAGGAGAACCAAUGAAAUUUAAGAGCGUAUGUAAAUUUAAAAUAUCUUGUGAAGAUCUACAAACAGUAAUGGUACCGUUACCUGACUGUGCGAGUGGUGAAUGGGGUCCUACCAAAGCAACCAGGUUAUUCGGACUCAUUCCAAUAACACAUCAGGAAGCAUUAAUAUUUGCUGGCCGUGAACUAGAAAUCCAGUUCAGAAUGUCAAGACAGUUAACUGAUUUUAUGGCGACUUUACAUAAAAACGGAAUAGAAGAAAAACGUUUAUCGAAGUUCGUUUCACACAGCAUUACUGAUGAAGAUAUUGUUACCUUUUCACUUUCCUUUCCAGAAGAAGGACAAUAUGGCCUGGAUAUUUACACAAGAGAAUACAGCAGUAGUGGCAAUUCAGAAAAGCAUUUGUUAACACAUUGUUGCAAAUACCUUAUAAAUAGCUCAAAAAGAAAUUAA